AUGGACACCAGGACAGGAAGCUCCGCUGAUCAGAUUCGUGACGCGUCUCUACCUGUUUGCUCUCGCAACGGGGCCAAGGCGUCCCGGUCGCUGGCGGCGGUGGCGAAGACCAGGUGUUCGACGAAGUGCGUCCCUGGUUCGGAGGCACCAAGGCUCGACGAGGCGCAGGAUCCGCAGCACCUGCUUUGGGCGGACCUCCCAGCGGACAUCAUCGGCGUCGUGGCCGCUCGCCUCACCCUCUUGGAGGACCGCGCCAGGCUGCGCUCCGUCUGCCGCGCGUGGCGCGCCGCGGCGCGCAUCCACCGGCGGCUGCCGCCGUGCCCGCCCCUGCUGGUGCUGUCCGACUUCUCGUUCUUCAGCUUUCGCUCCGAAGGGACCAUGAUGGGCGCGUGUCGCCGCGUCCCGCUGCCGGAGAGGGAGACGGCAGGCAAGUCCCUCCCCAUCAUCAGUGGCUCUGGUGUGGUGAAUUGCGCGAUCAACACUGCACCCUGCGUCAUGUCAUUCAGCAAGGUCAUCUUAUCCUCCCCACCGGACUCCGGUUCCAUGUGUGUUGUGGUUGCCCUCUCCGACAUCAAGAGUGCUGCUAAGCUUGCUCUCUGGCGGUCUGGGAUGAAGUCAUGGUGCGUAUGUGAUGGUGCCUGGACAGCUGAUCUCAUUGAUAUUAUCUUCUGCCAGGGGAAGCUAUUCAUGCUCAGUUGCAGUGAAGUCGCCGCAGACCUCUUGGUCUUUGAGAUCGCUGAUGACAACAGUGUCUUGAUGGUUUCUCAUGUCGAAUGUUGUGCAAUUGAAAUGCCAGAGGUCAGUGAUAGCCUUUGUAAGAACAUUUGGUGCAUACUAGAGUGGCGUGGAAAACUAUUAAUUGUUGAGAUAUGCCAUCGCAAUGAUGAAUUUGGGGAAAGCUUUGUUGAGGUUAGAGUAUUUGAAGCAGACUUGAGCACAAAUCCUGUAAGAUUAACUGAGAUUGAGAGCUUGGAUGGCGACUGCAUCUUCAUCAGCCCAUGCAGCAGCAAGUCAUUCCGUCCGUGUCAUUAUGGUGAAGGUGGAGGUGAUCUUAUCUAUAUCUUUUUGUUGGGUCACCUCCACCGGUUUGUGUACAACAUGAAAGAUGGUACUAUGGCACCAUUUGCUGCAGACAUACCAGAGGACAAACUUGGGGAAGCAGAUGGUAAAGUGAUGAAUUCAACAUUUUAUUUCCUCCUGAAUGAACUUCUGGAGAUCAACUCUACGCCUGGGAUGUUGUCGUGGUGUGUGUGCCUUGGCGGCUGCAUCACUGGAUCCAGCGAUAUUGCCUUCUACCAGGGGAAGCUCUACAUGUUCAACAAGCUCGCUUUUGAACUUUUUUGCAUUGAAACCUCUGAAGAUGGUGACAGGGGCCUGAUGGUUUCUCGUGUUGAGCGUUGUGUGACCGAGGAACUACCUAAGAUCCGUGGUACCUGUAUACGCAGGUGGAAGAUAGCAGAGUGGCAUGGAAAAUUAUUGCUGAUUCUAACAUACUUUGGUGGUUCUGAAUGUUUGGGACACAUUCGUGAGGUUAGAGUACUUGAAGUGAACUUGAGCACCAAUCCAGUCAGAUUCACCGAGAUCAACAGCUUGCAUGGCGACUGCAUCUUCAUCAGCCCAUGCAGCAGCAGGACUUUUCGUGUGUGUCAGUAUGACGGAGUUGAAGAAGAUCUUAUCUAUUUCAUUGAUGCUCAAUUCUCUGCCUAUGAUAAUUGUGCACCUGUUUUUGUUAAGUUUGUGUACAAUAUGAGAGAUGGUACAGUUGCACCGUUUGCGGCAGGCAUAUUAGAGGAGUACCUUCAGGUACCAAAGGGCAGGCCUCUGAAUCCAACAUGGCUCUUCCCUUCUGAAUGA